AUGCAAUUGUCAGACAUCGAUCAACUGCCGGUUCGUCUGAGCCUAUCCUCCAACAGAGACACCCUUGUAGGUCCCAUUGUUGUUGACGGUGAACCGGGUCUGUCCCUCUUUCCUCCCGACGCUGCCACACUCCAAUCGCUAAACUCGACCUACCUCAUAGCCUCGCAUCCGAAUGAGUCAGAACAGCAUGGCGGGUCCUUGUCCUUUGUAGUGACAUCUACCCUAGACUCAUCCUAUCCAGGGUUUGCGGCCUCCGUGCACAAUAUUGCUGAAUUCGGUUAUAGGGAGCGGAAGAGAAGGAGUGACUUGCAUUUAAACCGCCUCGUUCAGUUUUCUCACAUUCGUGCGCUCGUUGUAUCCGUCCAUGAAACGGUUUUGGGACGCAAGUGUCCACCGCAUAUCAAUCGUUUUUGUCAGGUCAGAAGGUUGUGGGAUUUAGGCAAUGAGUCAGCAGGCCAAUUUGUACGCUUAGGUUGCAAUGUGCGACAGCAUCCAGGCUCUCGCUCCAACGCUCGUCACCAGCGCCCCUCGGGAGCCAAUCAGCACAAAGCUCUUGCAGCUGCAGCCGUCGCGAACGCGGACAUGAUGACACAGUCGCUCAUCGACUGGCCUGGCUGUGACGACGCCUCUUCGAACUCCUCUGGCCUCCACAACCAACAUAAUCAGCAGCGUAUCUGCCGACGCAUGAAGGCCGUUCAUCUCACCGACUCGGGGCUCGUGCUCUCGCCGCAGGACGCCACCUCCUUACCCGUCUACCAUGGUCGACACGUCUUCUUCUCCUCCUCUUCCUCAAACACGACCUCUCCUGGCGAUGUUCCCGCUGGUGGAGGCUACUUCUUUCAGAGUCAGGUCUCUUGUCCGCCGCAUCUAGGCGGAAAAAUGAGUGCUGACGAUGGUGUCUGGGCAGACCGUCGGGUGUUUGAGUACCAAACGGCACCCGCCCAGGCCUACAUGGUAUGGCCGCAGCACCAGCUUGUUAGCGGUCAACGUAGGAGACGACAACAGAAUCACUACCACCAUCCUACGCAGCCGAUCAUCGUCCCUGCCGGGGAUGAGGCUGCCUUCCCAAUAGAAAAAAGGUCGACCUCAACUAAAGUUGGUAUGCCGCAAAACGGGCGACCACAGGUUCUUGUCACUGGGCGCAAUCGCGGCAAGAGAGCGGCCGAUCUGGCAGCUCUUGUCUCUUUACCGGUGGAGGAACAACCACUGCGAGUUUGUCUUGCGCAAAACGCUCGCGCGCCGCCGUCGCAACCGCCCCUGAGCGAAACCCCUCAUGCGUGCGCGCGUUCACGCCUGCAGUCGUUUGCAAAUCUGCGCGUACGCUUAUCGAUCGGCGGAUACGGCCGCACUAGUCGGGCAGACGUGGCCGCGUGCGCGUACGACAGCGCUGAUGCUGUCUGCAACGGACUUGGUUGCUCGCGUGUGACUGCUUUUGAGUGGUUUCAUGGUCAUUUGCCACGUGCGGAUGCUGAAUCGCUGCUUCGUUCAGCUCCUCCUGGCAGCUUCCUUGUGCGCACUAGUGAGACCAGCAAGGCUGCGUUUUCCCUGUCCAUCAGACGUGAUCGGGACUUUUUGCAUAUGAAGAUUUCCUACGACCCCAAAUCCGAGGCCUUCAUUCUCGGCGAGUACAGUCAACCUUACCCAACUGUACCCAUUAUGGUUCACCAUUAUACGCGGAACCUUUUGCCUGUGCGAGGCACAAAACCGGUUCUACUGAAAUACCCUCUUUGUCGUGCGAUUAACCCAUUCGCUCUACAGACUCCCUGA